AUGAGCAAGGGCAUUCUGCCUCUGCUCGCACGCUCGCUCUCCAACCUGCCUCCCUUGCCUGUCGCUCGCACUGCUGACACCGGGUCUGGAACUGCUUCUGACGUUGUUGCUGCUUGUGCUGUUGAUUGUGCUGACGCCGGGACUGGCUCUCCAGCUGGUCUUGAAGGUGCUGGGCUUGGGGAGGAAGGCGUUCUGGACCUGCUCGCUCGGAUCCUGCACCACCACUGCCGCCACCAUUGGCACCGCACUGAUCGCCGCAGUAACUACUUGAAUCGCACCCACUGCUGCAAUCACCACCAGGCGCCUGCGCGAGAGUGUCGUGCUGCGGAAGUGAAACACGACGGCACCAGGAAAGUCCGCUCGAUGCGGGAAGCCUCAAGGCGAGACUACAUGAGGCGAGAAUACUUGAGGCGGGAAGGCGAUGUGUUGGCUCUCAAAUACUCCUGCCUCGCUGUGUGGAGCAUCUGCUACUCUGUUGAUUCAAAUUGCCUUCGUGCUGAGGCAGCAGGCCUGCUGCCGUUGCUGCUCGCCUUGCUUCACCACCAUCGGCCCUCAGUGCAGGUCAACGGCAGUGAGUGUGCAUUGUUCCAGCAGAAUGAAGUUGACCGAAGAGUGAGGGAGAGGGGAGAGCAAGGGGUGGUAGGAGCGAGAGGGGUGGAGAAAGAUGAAGAGCGGCGAGAUGGGGAAGGAGGUGGAGGCGGAGGAGAGGAGAGAGAGGGAGGAGAGGGAGGAGAGGGCGAGGAGAUGGGAAGGAGAAGGAGUAGAGAGCAAGGCGGGGUAGAAGAAGUGGGUACAAGUGAGAGAGAGUAUUCCAGGGAAGAAGAGGAGGAAGGGGGGGAAGAAGGGGAGGAGGGAAUGGAAGAAGAAUCUGAAGAAGGAGAAGAGGAAGAGAUGGAAGAGGAAGAGAUGGAAGAGGAAGAAGAUGAGGAGGAAGAAGAGGGAGAGGAUAAAGAGGAGGAAGAGGAGGAGGGGAAGCGAGAAGAGGCUCGGCUGUAUGCAUGCUUAACUCUUGCUAAUCUCUGCCUGGUGCUGGAAGGUACUCAAUGCACGUUGGAAGUUGAAGGUACGCAGGAGGACAUACAGGAUGGCAGUCAACAUGCCUUGGCCAAUGCUUGUCAUUCCGAUGUGACAAGUGCAACACAUCUCUCUGUGGGCAAGCAAGACACCCUGCCCUCCUCCUCCUAUUCCUCGCCUCCCCUCACACAAACACGGCACCUCCUCCUCUCCUCCCCCACACUCCCCGCUAUCUCCACUUUCCUCCUCUCCUCCCACCCCGAAUCCCUCCCCCUUCACCUCAUCUGGACCACCGUCUCUCCGAUAGUACGGCUGCUGCGCUGCCACGUGGCGCCGGUCCGAGGGCUGGGAGCGCUGCUGGCUGCUGCAGUGUGCAAGAGCAGGGGAGGCAAGGACGAGCACGGAGCAAUGUUCUUCUUAGAAGGGGCUGUGGGGAUUCUGAUGGAAAUGGCGGCUUUUGAGGCGCCUCAGAAGAGGGAGGAGGAUGGAGCAAUGGCUGAGCACCGUGCUAUGGCCAUAUCAGAGGGGGCUGUGGGGGUUACGGUGCGGACGGUAGAGGAGGUUGGGCCUGGUGGGGUGGAGAGAGAAAAGCAGGAGGAGGAGCAGAGGGAGGAGCAGAAAAGAGCCCAGUGGGAAAAGAAGAGGGGGAAGAAGAGGCAGGAGGAGAGGGCGGAGCAGGAGGGUCGAGUGCGGGUGAAAGCAGCGGAGUUUGCUCGCCUUGCCCUGGGCUACCUCGAUGUACCGCUGACCAAGCUGCCCUCUGCGCCUACCAGAGGCACACCCACCAGCAUGCCUUGCCGUGAACGGCCUUACCGUGGUGCUGGUGAGGGGCGUGGUGGGACCAGGGAAAGGAGCAGCGUUCCUGGUUUCAGUGAGGGCAGGAGUGAGAGUCUGCCAUGUGAGGAGAGGAGCAGCAGUGGCAGCAGCAGCAGCAGCAGCAGCAGCAGCAACAACAACAGCAGCAAUAGCAGCAGGGGUGGGGCAAGCAAGGCUGCAGAUACCACAUCUUGUGUGAUCUGCUGUGAGGAGGCGGAGUGCCCCCCCAUUGACCCGUGCGGCCAUGCUGUUGCUUGCCCCUCCUGCCUCCUCUGCCUCGUCUCCCGGAAACAGCCCUGCCCCAUCUGCCGUUCUGCCAUUGGUUGA